AUGGGAUCGGUUGUAUCUAAUAUGUAUGGAGGAAUGCAGUACAUGCUGGGCUGUGGGGGAGAAAAACAAAGCCUUGAUAGCUGCCACUACUUGAGAACUGCGACGCCUUUCGUUCGCACUCGAUCAAGGUACUUAAGCUAAAAUGUCUUUAAUUCUCUCUUCCCCAUUGUAAGCUUAAUCUUAUAUUUUCCUGAUAUUUUUAACUAAGAAUAUCUUGGAAUGUCUCAUCAAAAAUCGAACCAGGAUGUGCCAUCGGUUCCUUUUUUAGAAAUAGUAAGACCUUAUUUUUUCUUAAUUAAAUUUUGUAUUUAACCUUUACUUUAGAUUAAGAUCUCUUUUUUUAUUAUUAAACAAGCCUUCGCAUACUUGGUUUGAGUGAUACGUUUUCUUGAUUGGAAUAAUGUAAAAUGCUGUCUAAAUUGUCAUUUACAUGUCCUGCUUGCUAAAUAAGACCUGAUCAAAAACUGUCGGAGGAAAGUUUACAUAAACAUCAUAGGAGAGCGAUCAUUGCUCUUGUGACACCAUUCUCAAGCUUACUUUUCAUUGCUUAAAACUUAAACUUAUGUUCAUUUUUGUUAUCAUACAUAGUGUGCCUAAAAACGCGCUUAUCACAGGUUAUAUAUUAAGGUAAAUUGUGUUUAGUGAAACAGCUGAAAUCAGCUUUUUAAAAUAAUCGGAAUGGCUUGUUCCAUGCAGGCAUUCAGAAUAUGACUGUUUUCAUUUUUAUUUUCUCAAUAAAAUAAUUUGUGGAAACUUUGUGUGUUGAAACUGCCUACUGCCUUUCAAAUUUAGGAUCUGAAAUUGUUUGUUGUGUAUUUUUUUUGCCAGUUCCAUGUAUUUUGAUGAAGAUGGUGAUUUGGCACAUGAAUUUUAUGAAGAAGUACGACCCAGCAAGAGAGGAAAGAAAUCCUAUAUGAAGAAAGUAACACGACGUCUACUCCCCCAGGGUUUGGUAGAGUUACCCUUUCCAAGACUCCAUGUGGACUUUCCGGUUGUCAUGUGUGAAGCAUAUUAA